UGGACCCGGAGGGCGAACCCCCAGGGGGAUCAAAAACGGUGGCCCUCCGAGUUGGAGCCCAGCGGCGUGGGCACCCGCCGAGUUGGCCUGUCACGAGGACGGAGUUGACACUUUCUCCACGCGGGUGUUCCACUUUUCCUGUCAACUCCCUGUCAGCAAUUCCCUGUGAAGGGCGGCAUCUUUGUAGGUGACCGCCACCCGUGCUGUUUCCUUCCAUUUCUUCGCUCAGUAGUGUGGGUGACGGAGCCUCGUUUCAUGUUAGGUGGGCGAGGUCUCCCGGAUCCCUUGGGGUGCGCCGUGCUCCGACGAAGCAGUGUGAUGGACCCAAGGGGGAGGGACAGUCGGCUGACCGGCCCUGGGGCGGGUGUGAAGGCCCCGAGCAAGGCGACGUUUCAGUGUGGCGAGGAGCGUGAGGGGGCUCGAGGCCACCCUUUACUGGGACACGCAGGAGAGGAGAGACUGCGGAGACAGGGACAUUGGAACUGAGCCUCCAAGGAUGGGAAGGGGUUGGACCAGGAAAUGCAGCCAAGGACCAAGGAACUGGUCUGAGGCAGCAAAGAGGCGAGGCACACUAAGGACGAUCAUGGAAGACACCCAGGCUAUUGACUGGGACGUUGAAGAAGAGGAGGAAGCAGACCAAUCCAGUGACUCCAUUGGGUGUAGCCUGGAGCCUAUGGGGCGACUGCAUAUCUUCAGCUGUCCUCAUGGACCAGAAAAAGAUUUCCUGCUGUACUUCGGGAAGAAUAUGGUAGGCCGAAUGCCUGACUGCUCUGUGGCCUUGCCUUUUCCAUCCAUCUCCAAACAACAUGCAGUGAUUGAGAUCGUGGGCUGGGACAAGCCACCUGUCCUCCAGGAUUGUGGGAGCCUCAAUGGCACUCAAAUCCUGAGGCCUCCUAAGGUUCUGAGCCCUGGGGUAAAUUAUCGUCUGAAGGACCAGGAUUUGAUCGUCUUCGCGGACGUGCCCUGCCAGUACCAUCGCCUGGCUGUCCCCCUGUCUGUUGUCUCCCGGGGCCCUCUAACUGUCGAGGAGACACCCAGGGUACAAGAAGGAGCUCAACCCCAGAGGCUCCUGUUGGCUGAGGAUUCAGAGGAGGAAGUAGAUUCGCUUUCUGAAAGGUGUGCAGUGAAACAAUCAAAGACCACGUCCUCCCGCUUGUCGAUGGUAGUUCCAGAGAGUGAUGAAGAGGAGUCUUCCCCUGCCCGGGGUGGCCCUCGAUCACCUUUUGCCUUCAACUUGAACAGUGACACAGAUGAGGACGAAACUCAGCAACCGCCAGCAGGUGAGGCCACUUCAGCUGUCAGAAGAGGUACUACUGCAGAUGUGCACCGUGAAGCUGAUAGAGUUGCAGCUGAAAUCCAGCUCAAAGAGGCUCAGCCUUCGGCAAAGGAGCAGGACAGUGACACAAAAGCUAAGAGAGAUGCGAGGCAUGGAGCGGUUCCAGUUGAGGCGGUUGUGGAAAGGAGCCAACCUCCUGGGGAGGACAGUGAUACUGAUGUGGAAGGUGGGAGCAGGAGCCCUGGAAGGCCAGCAGAAGUCCACGUGGAAAGGGCCCAGCCCGGCGGCCUCAUCGACAGUGAUACUGAUGUGGAAGAAGAGGGAAUCCCGGCUACGCCAGCUGUAGUUCCCAUGAAGAAGAGGCAAAUCUUCCAUGGAGUGGGUACAAGAAAUCCUGGCUUGGCACCUCUGCAGGAACGCCAGGCUGGAGAUGAUCCAGAUGUGAAGGAGGGCAGGGCCCCACUGGUCGUCCCUCUGGAGAGAAGCCACACCUCCGUGGUGAUCAACAGCGACACAGAUGACGAGGAGGAAGUCUCGGCAGCGCUCACUCUGGCAUGUCUGAGAGAGAGCCGAGCUGUGCUGUGGAACAGAGGUACAGAUGUGGACGAGAACAGAGCCCACUCUGCGGUCCCUCUGGAGCAAAACCAGGGCACUCCUGGGAGAGAGAGUGACACAGACGUGGAGGAGGACGGGCUCCCCAUGCAGAUGAGAGAAAUGGUCUGCAGGCGUCACACAGACAAGGAUGGAGCCUGUGUUGCAGCACAUUCAGAACAGCGCCCCCCUGCUCUUGGCGACAGUGCUGUAAAUAGGGAAGCAGGGAUGAGCUCAGCGGGGAGCCACCUAGAGAGAAGCCCAGCCUCCACCGCAGGAGACAGCCACACAGCAGUGGGGGUGGAAGCCCCACCAGGGCCAGGUGUCACUCCUCUGUACAAGCAUCAGGUGUCUGUAGAGGAGACAGAUCAAACAGAUGUGGAAGUAAGGUGUGCCCCCCCAGAGCUGCCUGUGAUGCCUCUAGAGCGAGCUCGGCCUUGUCCAGACGGGGACUGUAAAACAGAUGUGGAGGAGGGCACACCCUUGGCAACCUCAGCAGCGGCAGGUCUGAGAGAGAAGCUUCCGGAGUGGGCUGCGGCUGUUCUUGAGCAGGAGAGGGCUCUUGAGGUAGGGGCCCAGGGAGGGUCACCUGUGGCACAAGUGGAGCGGGACCUUAUCCCUGUCUCAAGGGAGAGCCCCACAGAAUUGGUGGUGGACACAAGCACUCCUGGGGGACCCGCCCAGCCACAGAGAGAGGGAGCCCAGACCCCCACAGGAAGGGAGAGAGAGCCACAUGUGGGCGGGACCAAGGACUCUGAAGACAGCCGUGACGAUUUUGAAGAUCUGGACCUUCAAGCUACCCAGUGUUUUGUGGAGAGAGAGAAUGGCAGCCCGGAAGCAGCCCAGAGCACGGAGGAUGAACCCACCCAGGCCUUCUUGUCCACUCUGCCUGAAGAGCCUGGCCCUUCCCAUUGCAGCGUCCAGACCCCAGGUACCCUGGAUGAGCCAUGGGAGGUCUUGGCUACACAGCCGUUUUCUCCAAGAGACUCAGAGGGCUCUGAGACCCAGCCUAUCGCUGCCUACCUGGAGGCCCAUGGAUCUCACCCAUCUUCACCCACAGCAGCACCAUCAGACCAACCUGCAGAGAGCCCCAUUCACAAAGAGUCUUUGGAGCUUCACGGCAGAGGGGGGCAGAUUGCAGAGAAAGACAGGGGUACACCAGAAACAGUGGAGAAGGUGACCCCCGAGAAACGGCUGUUGGAGAGGGAAACCAAGAAACUGCCACCGAAAGGAGAGAGAGAAGUGAAGGCAGAGAAAGGGUUAAGCAAAAGGAUGCAGAGCAGAAAGCGAAAACGGGAGUUAGCUACAGACACACGAAGACCAGAGGCGGACGAAAAGGUGGAAAGUUCAAGUCAUGAAAAGGCUAGAGAGAGUCUGAAGGUGGAAACUGAGACCAAGGGUAUCCAAGAGAAGGAAAUGGAGACGCAAACCCUUGCAAGAGAAGUAUGUGAGAGAGACGUAGAGAAAGCAGUACCCAAGAGAGAGAGAGCGCCACCUGGGUUAGACGUGACGGUGCCCAAAGUGAUACCGGAGACGGGCGAGGGGAGUCAGGGCCAGCAAAGGCAAGCCUCCAGCCCAGUGCCAGAGCCUGAGGUGGAGGCCGAGGACCCUCAGGGAACUGCUUCUGGAAGCCAGUCAGGCGGAAGAAGGGGCGGUCCUGUGAGACCAAGGAGGCAGCAGAGAGGUCGUAGGAACUGCAAGGCGCCGCCUGCCACGAAGGCUUCCAGGGGUGCUCAGGGCCCCCCAGAUGCUUGUCUGCCUUCUACAGUGGCCGAAGCCUCGGCCCCACCCCCAGGCCCCCUUAUCUCUCAGAGCCAAGAGCAUCCUGCCCCUCAGUCCGUUUCCUCUCCACCUUCUUUCAAGCCUCCCAUCUCAAGGACCAGGCAAAAUGAGAGUCAGGAAGCUCCAGAGACUUGCUCAUCCUCUGCACUGGAGCCUUUCCACCCAACACCUCAAGUCAGGGCCAGGGUGACACCCUCUCCAGUUCCCCACUCCACCCCCACAGACCAGCCUGUGCCCCCUGAGCCCACACCUCGGGCCACCCAGGGCAGGACACAGAGGUCCUCUGCCCAGACCCCUGACCCAGGUGAACCCACAGCCCCUGAGCUCCAGCCUUCCACUUCCAAAGACCAACCUGUCACCCCUGAGCUCACAUCUCAAGCUGCCCAGGGCAGGACACGGAGGUCCUCUGUCAAAACGCCUGACCCAGUUGAGCCCACAGCCCUUUCCACCCCCUCAGAUCAGCCUGUCCCCCCUGAGCCCACACCUCGGGCCACCCGGCGCAGGACACAGAGGUCCUCUGCCCAGACCCCUGACCCAGUUGUCCCUGCAGCCCCUGAGCUCCAGCCUUCCACUUCCAAAGACCAGCCUGUCACCCCUGAGCCCACACCUCGGGCCACUCGGGGCAGGACACGGAGGUCCUCUGUCAAAACCCCUGACCCAGGUGAACCCACAACCCCUGAGCUCCAGCUGUCUGUUUCCAAAGACCAGCCUGUCACCCCUGAGCCCACACCUCGGGCCACCCGGGGCAGGACAUAUAGGUCCUCUGUCAAGACCCCUGAACCAGUUGUCCCCACAGUCUCUGAGCUUCAGCCUUCCAUAUCCAAAGACCAAUCUGUCACCCCUGAGCCCACACCUCGGGCCACUCGAGGCAGGACACAGAGGUCCUCUGCCAAGACCCCUGAACCAGUUGUCCCCGCAGCCCCUGAGCUCCAGCCUUCCACCCCCACAGGCCAGCCUGUCACUCCUGAGCCCACACCUCGGGCCACUCGAGGCAGGACCCAGAGGUCCUCUGCCAAGACCCCUGAACCAGCCGUCCCUACAGUCCCUGAGCUCCAGCCUCCCACCCCCACAGACCAGCCUGGCAUCCCCAAGCCUAUACCUGGGGAGACUCAAAGGAGGGUACAGAGGUCCUCUGUCAAGACCCCUGACCUAGUUGAAUCCACAGCCUCUGAGCUCCAGCCUUCCAGUUCCAGAGACGAACCCGUCACCCCUGAGCCCACAUCUCAGGGCAGGACACAGAGGCCCUCUGCCAAGACUCCUGACCCAGUUGUCCUGGCAGCUCCAGAGCUCCAGCCUCCUACUCCUACAGACCAGCCUGUCACCACUGAGCCUACACCUCGGGCCAUGCGGGGCAGGACACGGAGGUCUGCUGUCAGAACCCCUGAGCCAGUUGUCCCUGUAGUUCCUGAGCUCCAGCCUUCCACCCCCACAGACUGCCCUGUCCCCGAGGCUGUGGCUCAGCCCGCUGCAGUAAGCACUGCCCUGGUGCCUGCCACCCCUGAAUCCCGCUCUCCCACCGCUACAGACCAGCCCGUUCCUCAAACCAGUCGCAGCAGGAGACAGAGGGCUCCUGGAAAGCCCGGCUCCCUCACAGACCCCACUGCUCGCAACUCAUGUUCCACACACCCCCAGCCUGAACCCCGAGCCUCCAGGAGCCAAAGGCGAGGAGCCAUGCGGGCAGCAGAGUCCCGUAGGCCCAUGGCCGAGCCUACCUUUCCCCAGCCCCUCGAGGUACCCACACAUACUCCUCAGGUUCAAAAGGUAGAGGCAGCAGGUAGAGUGAGGGUCACCCCAGAGCCCCAGCCUAAGGCCACUCAACACCGGAAGAGGUCUUUAGCUACUGCAGAUUCCCCUCCACUUCAAAAACGGCCCCAAUGCGAGGAAGUGCCCCAGAAGACAGCGGGCCUCGAGGAGGAAGAUGCGGCAGAGAGGCCAGGGAAGGAAGAGGGCGUGGUCAUUCCUGGACCAGGCAAGAGAAAGAGAGACCAGGCAGAGCAGGAGCCCAAGAGCAUACCGAGCCGCGGCCUGCGACGGACCAAACCUGACCAAGAACCCACAGUCCCCAAAGUGCUCUUCACAGGCGUUCUGGACACCCGGGGAGAGCGGGCAGUGCUGGCGCUCGGGGGGAGUCUGGCUGAAUCAGUGGCAGAGGCUUCCCACCUGGUCACUGAUCGAAUCCGCCGGACCGUCAAGUUCCUGUGUGCCCUGGGGCGGGGCAUCCCCAUCCUCUCUCUGGACUGGCUGCAUCAGUCCCGCAAGGCUGGUUGCUUCUUGCCCCCGGAUGAAUAUGUGGUAACUGACCCUGAGCAGGAGAAGAACUUUGGCUUCAGCCUGCGGGAGGCUCUGCGUCGGGCUCGUGAGCGAAGGCUGCUGGAGGGAUAUGAGAUUCAUGUGACACCUGGAGUCCAGCCGCCGCCGCCUCAGAUGAGGGAGAUCAUCUGUUGCUGUGGGGGCACCGUCCUACCCAGCAUGCCCCGGUCCUACAAGCCUCAGAGAGUUGUGAUCACCUGCCCCCAGGACUUGCCACGAUGCGCCAUUCCGGUUCGGCUCGGGCUGCCCCUCCUCUCGCCC